AUAGCGACAGAGCUACUCACAGACACAUUAAGAGCAGCUCUAGGCUUGCACUGCAACGAAGAACACAGCAACAAACUAAAUCUACAAAGAAACUCUCCAAAAUCUAAGCUUCUUUCAGAAUGCAGAGCCUGAAUGUGCUGCUGAUCUUAUCCCUCUGCGGGUCAAGCUUGUGCAACAGUAUGCCAGAGAAACAGACAGAUUUUGGGCUGCAGGUUUUCUCUGAAGUAGUCCAAUCUGCUCCGGACAGAAAUCUGGUUCUUUCUCCCUAUGGCAUCUCUUCAGUGCUGGGCAUGGCUCAGCUGGGUGCCUAUGGCAGCACUCUUCAAAUGCUUACCUCCAAGAUGGGCUACUCACUGCAAGCACGAGGUAUGCCAAAGCAACAGCGGCUUCUUCAGAGAGAUCUGGCUAGUGAAGAUGGGGUAGAAGUGGCCAGCGGUGUCAUGGUUGACCGGAAGAUAAUCCUGGAAAAGGUAUUCAGGCGCAGCCUAUCCAAAGCCUUCCAGAGCGUCCCGCACCAAAUAGACUUCAGUCAACCAGAGAUGGCCCGGCAGGUGAUCAACUCCUGGACAUCUGACCACACUGGUGGAAUGAUUUCUGACUUCCUCCCAUCUGGGGUGUUGAGUGAACUGACACGCUUGGUCCUGUUGAAUGCUCUUCACUUUCAUGGGGUCUGGAAGACACCCUUUGACCCUAAACUUACUAGGGAACAGCUGUUUCACAGAGUAAACGGCAGUGCUGUAUCUGUUCCUAUGAUGAUUAUGACUUCAAAAUUCAACUGUGGUGAGUUUGUGACUGAAGACGGUGUGGACUAUGAUGUCAUUGAGGUGCCUUAUGAGGGGGAGUCGCUAAGUAUGCUUCUAGUCUUACCAUUUGAGAGGGAUGUGCCUCUGUUGGCCUUGAACAAAGAGCUGAGAAGCAGCAGGUUUAACCAAUGGAGAAAACAGAUGAGAAAGAUUACCAAACAACUUGCUAUUCCAAGGUUCUCCAUGGAUACAGAAACUGAUCUGAAGUCCACACUGAGCAAGAUGGGUCUUGGAGACAUUUUCAGCCAAAGCAAAGCUGAUUUCUCUCGCAUUACCACCGAGGAACCUUUGUGUGUAUCCAAGGUCCUUCAGAGGGUAAAACUUGAGGUGAAUGAAGAAGGAACCAAAGGCUCAUCUGCCACAGCGGCUAUAAUCUACUCUCGCAUGGCUGUAGAGGAGAUCACACUCGAUAGACCCUUCUAUUUCUUCAUUCAACACAAACCCACUAGUGCCGUGUUGUUCAGCGGUCAAGUGAACCAGCCUCAGGAAUCCUAACAGACCAAGGUUGUGUCCGAAGUGCCCAUACAAACAGAAGGACCAGGGAAACCAACAAGUCUGCACACAAAAUACUACUGAAGACCGAAUGAUAUUGGGAGGGGGAAAAUGCAAAAACUUCUAUAUCUGUAACGUGAGCAUAGCUUGAAGUGCCAAGAAAUAAGAAUAAG